GAGUCAAGCGAUGAAACAGAAAGUUCAACAGCUCCCGACAGUACGACCAGAGAAAAGCUGGGGUUCUCCAUUGGAGAUGAGGUGCUGUACCGAAAGGAUGGCAAUUUCUAUCUGGGAACUGUUGUCGAGUUGGACAACGUGCGCGAGCAAUGCCUGAUCAAGUUUGACGACAACACGUCGAGCUGGUCACACGUGAAACACGUGACACGUCUGUCUCCCGUGGGUGAUGGAUUCGACGACGAUGUGGUGAUGUGUGUCGUGUGCAAGCAGAGUGAGCCACAGGCCACCAUUGUCGUCUGCAACCGGUGUGCACGGGGCUACCAUCAGCUGUGUCAUCAGCCGGCAAUCAGCAGUGACAGCAUGCGUAAAUGGCAAUGUCGCCGUUGUCAGGUGCCACUGAUUGAUGAGCUGCGUGCCUACCGCAAGAAGGCCAAAACCAAAGCUGCAUCGCCCACUAAGAAGACAGCUUCUGCUGCACCCAAUGCAGCUGUAGAUGCACCCAAUGCAGUUGCAGAUACUCCCAAUGCAGCUGCAGUACAGUUGAGGUCAUCAGGGCAGCAGGAGAAUGCAAGGCUCCAGCCGGAGUCGAAUCCUAGGUUGCAGUUGCCAUACGAUUUGAAAAGCCUGGUGUGGGACGAACAGCACGAGGUGAACUCUCAGCAGAAAUACUGCUAUUGUGGUAGCAGUGGAGACUGGUACCUGAAGAUGUUGCAGUGUUCUCAAUGCAGGCAGUGGUUCCAUGAGCGCUGUGUUUCCUGUCUACAGUACCCGCUCUAUUUGGGCGAUAGGUUCUAUGUGUUUGUGUGUGGCGUGUGCAACGUGGGUGUUGAGUUUGCGCGUCGUCUGGAGGUGGGUUGGGUGGACCUGGUGCAUUUGGCACUGUUCAAUAUGACGGUGUGUCGCGCCGAGAAGUACCAUCACAUCGAUCAGCACAUCAACUAUUUCAUCAACUGUAACUGGACCAGCCUACAAUUGCCACCAAAGAUUAGUAAAGUCCGGCCAAAAGAAAGAAAACUAUUAUCACAAAUGUACUAUAAAAUAGCUCUAG